CGGGGCAGCGUCGUAAAGCAUAUUACUGCGAGAAAACGUGCGCGCGGGUAGUCGUGCUUUUUUUUAUUAAGACUUUAAUUUUAAAAAUGGUUCGUAAAUUAAGAUUUCACGAGCAGAAGCUCUUAAAGAAAGUAGAUUUUAUUAACUGGGAAGUGGAUAACAAUUUGCACGAGGUGAAAGUGUUGCGGAAAUACCGCAUCGAGAAGAGAGAAGAUUACACCAAGUACAACAAGCUGAGCCGCAACAUCCGAGAGCUGACGCGGAAGAUCCGCGACCUGGACGAGAAGGACGGUUUCCGGGCUCAGAGCACGACGCAGCUGCUGGAGAAACUCUACAGCGUGGGCCUGAUCCCCACCAAACAGAGUCUGGCUCUUGCAGAUAAAGUCUCCGCGUCGUCCUUCUGCAGGAGGCGGUUGCCGUGGGUGAUGCUGAAACUGCGCAUGGCUCAGAACUUGAAGAAUGCAGUCACUUUCAUCGAACAGGGACAUAUUCGUGUCGGUCCUGAGAUCAUCACAGAUCCUGCGUUUCUGGUCACAAGGAACAUGGAGGACUUUGUGACCUGGGUGGACUCGUCCAAGAUUAAGCAACAUGUCAUGAAUUACAAUGAGGAGCGAGAUGACUUUGAUCUCGUGGUUUAAAUCUGCUGUAGUGAUUUUCAACCAUGGAGACAGUCAGAGCUGGGAAUCAGGAGCUGCUCGAGGUCUACACUCAGACGACCGACGUGGAGAACAGACGAACACGCCAUCAACACGUUCCUGCCAAGUUCACACGCGUGAACAGGAGAAUGUUACAUUUAGAGCUUUUAUACACUGGUAUUGUGUUGUGAGGUGAAAAUAUUUAUUUGAGGAUAAAACUUGUCGUC